UAAUCUUUGCUGUUUUUCUCGCAUUACAAUCCCAAACUACAAAGAACUCUCUCAAGAUCGAAACUUUCUUUCCAUAUUUUUUCAGUGGCCAGUAAGACCCAUUAGUUCGAGUUUAAUUGUCUCAUAUUUGGUCAUCCCACUGUUUUUUUUUUUUGGGGUCUGGUUGAUUUUACUGGGCAGAUUCUAGGUAUAGAUUGUACCGCUCGUUGAUAAGUCAAGCUUUGCAUGUACGAUUUGAAGACUUAGUUUUCAUGGUCCCGUUAUUCUAUUGGUUAUUAAACUAGACGAACUUGUUUUGGACCCAAUGCAAAUGUUUUGUAAAUUGUUCACCAUGCCAGCAAAGAUCAAGUGGUUCAAGGAAUCUUACUGUUAUACAGGGCUUUGAAUGGAGGAAGCCAGUGGUGAUACUGCUAGUCAGUUAUUUGGAAAAUUUGUUGCUUUUCUGCGGAAAUGUCUCUUUUGUAUCCUCUCUGUUGGUCCUAUACCUACUCAUAUUGCUUUCAUUAUGGAUGGAAAUCGGAGAUAUGCUAAAAAACAACAUUUAGAUGGAGGAGCUGGCCACAAGAUUGGGUUCCUGGCUCUUAUGUCCAUGCUCAAGUAUUGCUAUGAAUUGGGCGUGAGAUAUGUAACUAUUUAUGCUUUUAGCAUUGAAAAUUUUAAACGAAGUCCUGAGGAAGUUCAGUCGCUGAUGGAUUUGAUGCAAGAAAAGAUUGAGGGUUUAAUUGAGAAAGAAAGCAUUGUCAAUCGCUAUGGAGUUAGAGUUUACUUCAUAGGCAACCUUAAACUCUUGACAGAACCCGUGAGGUUGGCAGCUGAUAGGGCUAUGCUUGCCACUGCCAAAAACUCCAAAGCAGUUCUGUCAAUUUGCGUGGCCUACACUUCCACCAAUGAGAUUGUGCAUGGUGUUCAAAAGGCAUGCGAAGAAAAAUACGAUGAAAUUAGGGUCUUAAAUGCAAGUAGAACAGGCUAUGGUUUAAUUGAACUUGGAGGGAGUGAGCAGGAUGAAAGGGAACAACUUAUAAAGCUUACAGAUAUUGAGAAGAAUAUGUAUAUGGCAUUUGCACCUGAACCUGAUAUCAUAAUUCGCACUUCUGGUGAAACCCGCUUGAGCAAUUUUCUUCUUUGGCAAAGUGCACACUGUUACUUGUAUUCUCCUUCAGUGCUUUGGCCAGAGUUUGGUUUCUGGCAUUUUCUUUGGGCAAUCUUGACUUUUCAGCGAAACCAAUUUUAUAUGGACAAAAUAAAGAAGCAGUCAUGAGUGAUGAGCACGGUUUGCUACUUUUUAGAUUCUGAUGUAAUUGUUCUGGUUUCUUGCUGCUUGAUCUAGAGCCUUGUUCAUUUUGUUAGCAGACUCUAACCUUGGCAAGGAUUUUUCUAUUGUCCAUGCUGGUUGGCAUUUACCUGACGUUGCUUA